UUUCUUUUUUUUUCAUGUAGGAUAUACAGGCCGGCGCUUCAAUUUCGGAAUCUUGCACGGACUGAAGUAAACCUCGGGAAAUUCAUGAUUCAUUAAUGUUACGCCAUUACUCUUUUCUAAAAUGUAACGUAGCGUGUCGCGGAGGAAAAAAAACGCGCUAGUGGAAAUUUGUACCAUUUGGAAAUUCUCAUAACUAAUUCACAAUUUUUUUGAGGAAGCAGUUGUGCAGUCAUCUCUGGUCGGGGAGGGAAGAUUUCUGGAGCGGGAGCCUGUUUCGCAUGAGCUGCAUCGUUUUUGGAGAAGCACAGGCUCAGAGGAGGUGGAGUCAUGAGUGCACAAGAGGCACCCAUUCCUGGGAAGGAGAAGGCGGAUGGUGGGAGUGCGGCCACAGAUGGUCCCUCACCAACCUUAGUCCCAAAGACUAAGAACACAACUCCACCACCUGUCACAGUAAAGAAAGAGCCUGGGACCUCAGAGACGAGUAAUGGGAAAGUGGGUGAUGCCAAUCCUGCUGAGAUCUGUGUUGUCAUUGGAGGAAAUGAUGGAGGAGCCAGUGGAGGUGCAUCCCGUAGAGCUCAGACCGAGGGUUCCUAUGUAUGCGGGGUAUGUGGGAAGAAAUACAAAUAUUAUAACUGCUUUCAGACACACGUCAGGGCACACAGAGAAUCAGAUAGCAUGGUUGCAGAUGGUCUUCCCCAGACACCCAACAUCUUGUCUCCUCACUGUAGCCGCCUUCCCAUAGGUGACAUCCUAAUACCAGAUAGCUUCCGUUACUCCUGUGACAUCUGUGGCAAGAAAUAUAAAUACUACAGCUGCUUCCAGGAGCACCGUGACCUGCAUGCAGUUGAUGAUCCAUAUGAACAGGUAGUGUUGCCUGUGGAUGGCCUUAAAGAGGAGGAGCCAGUUGAACCCUACCAGAAAAUUGGACCAAAAACUGGGAGCUAUGUUUGUGAGUUCUGUGGGAAGCAGUACAAGUAUUUCAACCCAUACCAGGAGCAUGUUGCUCUUCACACACCUAUGGGCUCUUUUGAUUUGAAGACCUCACGGGUACAGGAAUGUGGUAGCAUGGAUAUGAGUAAAUUUGGCCACAGCCAAACCGGUAAGAUUAAAAACAGUCCAUUCAGGCGGAAACUGGAAGGUGCAAUUCAGUCUAGUCUGGUUGACACAAACAGUUCACAGAAUUCAAGCGGAACUCCGAGCCCUCUGGUGGCCAGCACCUUCUCUACAACACAGAAACCCUACACUUGUGGUGCCUGUGGCAUCCAGUUCCAGUUCUACAACAACCUGCUGGAGCAUAUGCAGUCCCAUGCUGCGGACAAUGAGAACCACACCAAAGGGGACUCUCCCAAAACCUCCUCAGCCUCCGGUCCUCAAGAGCAGCUGUGGAGAGGCUCUCAGGCUCCGACCCAUUCCUCAGUUAAACUACAAAUCCCGCCUCAAAGUAUCUCCCAGAGAAACCACACAGUCAGCCAGAAUAACGGACUACCUGAGAAGGAACGACAACAGGUGGCUGAGCGCCUCUUACGGGUAAUGUGUUCAGAUCUGAGCAUGCUGAACGUGCUCAACAGCAAGGACUUCCUGAAGUUGGCACAGACCCUAGUGGAUACGGGUGCUCGUCAUGGUGCCUACUCCACCCGUGAUGCUUUUGGCAACAUGAGUGCCUUGGCACUGCGCCAGCUGCCCCGCAUGUACAACCAAGUCAAAGUCAAAGUCACAUGUGCUCUAGGCUCCAAUGCUUCCCUUGGUAUCGCUGUCACCUGCCACUCCCAGACAUCAGGCCCAGAUGCUUGCUAUGUUCUAACAGCCUACCAGGUGGAGGGGUCGAGACUGAAGCGCUAUGUGCUCGGUGUGAGGGAGGCUGAACUGAGGGAAGGGCCCGAGCAGGUUCACCACUGGGUGCAGAAUGUGCUGUCUGAGUUUGUGAUGUCAGACAUUCGCACAGUGUAUGUCUCGGAGCCCAAAGUCUGGGCAGCAGGAUUUGCGGGAUCGCCACUUGGUGGUGGUGGCCGGAGCAGGAUAUGCUUGCGAUGCGCGGGGUGUUCACUCGGGGCAGUUGUCCAGGCUGUUCUUGGGAAGCGCAGCCUCCAGGCUCGAGGCCUUCAUGAGUUGUCUGAGCUUCUCUCAACGUGCCGAGAUAUUGCCUCCUCCACCACGCUGUCCCUUCGUGAGGAACAGUGCACCAACACAUCCACAAGCACAAAUGAGGAAGGUACACAGGGCAGCCCUGCACAAUGCCCCAACCCUCCUUGCUGGGAUCGUAUGGCUGAAGCUCUUCUGCAGGUCCAUGCCCACUUUGAACAGAUUUGUGAGGCUUAUGGACGCAGUAAGACCACAGCUCCUCUCCUCCAAGGUCUCAACAAGCAUCUGCUGGGAACGCUGGCUUGUCUGCUGGCACCUCUGCGUCUGGCAGCUCUGGAGCUGAGCAGCCAGAGGAGACCAACCUUACAGCAGGUGCUGCCCGUCUACCUACGCUUGGAGAAGUUUUUCACUUCCAAAGCUGGAGAGGCUGGAACCGGCACGGCUAGCAAACUCUGCCACUACUUCCUUGAAGCACUUAAGGAAAAUUUCAAGGUUGAACGAGCCCACCAGGUAGCCAUGGUCCUGGACCCACAGCUCAAGCUGCGUUCAGUGCCAGCCUACCAGCAUGAAGAUAUAAUCUCGCGUGCAUGCGAAAUGGCUGCUGAAUCCAGGGAUGGAGGUAUGACUGGUGGUGGAGGUUCAGGUGGUGAAGAGCGGGACAAUGAUGGCCCACCAACCCCUAAAAUAAGCCGCGUAGAGGGAGGGGGAAACAACGGUGGCACCUUAAGGGGGACCUCCUCAUCUUGCACAGUGUCUGGUAAUGAUGAGAGUCAGAGCCAAGUUAGACAAGAGAUUUUUCAAUACUUGGCUGAGCCUCUUCUCCAAGGCACACCUGACCUCUUCCAGUACUGGAGCUCAGCAGUGAAUGAGAAGUUUCCCAGGCUUGCUCGCUUGGCAAUGUGGCUCCUUGCUGUGCCUGCUGUGGGCAUACGCAAUGAGUGUGCGACUGUGUGCGAGCAGAGCCUGGCUAUGAAGAGGAGGCAGCAGGUAACCACUGAGGAGAUGAACAAACUCAUUUUCCUUCGCUCCAACAUGGGCUAGGAGAGAAACUCUACCAACCCUUAUCAACCAAACCUUCACCCCCAACCAAUGACUGAAGACUAUUAUUUAUAUACUGUAGGUUUAGAACAACUGUAAACUUAAAUGUGUUAAAUACUCAUCGAGAAAGAUAUUUACAGGAAACUCACAUUGUAUAGGUUGCAACACCAUAAAACAAUAUGACUUAUUACAUUUAUAUGGUCCUUUCAUACAAACAGUACUUUACAAACUCCAUAUAAGAAAGGACUGUAAAGUACUGUGGACAAAAUGUAGGGGUGGAACGGUAACUCAAAAGAUUGUCUCGUUUGGUACGCCACCCUCGGUUUGGGAUGCACACGUAAGCAGGAUCAGUCUUAUCAUGGCCAGUGACUUGAAUUACUCCAGCCUACUGACUAAACUGCUAAAAGGCUGCAAUGCUGUUAUUCUGACUGAAUGGCAACAUUUUCAGGUAAAGUCAGCGUUCUCUGCUUGAAACAACUCUGAAAACACACAGUAAGUAAUGUUGCAUAUAGCUACAGUAUUUGGAGAAUGAUCAUUUUCAUUGGUGUACAACAAAAAAAUCAAGCGGUGAAUCUUGACUGCCAUUGCAUCUCUGCCGAUUAAGUGUACUAGGUUUAUUAUUUACUAUUGCGUAUCACUGAAAAUAUUUAUUUCAGCAUCAGGUCAGGAGCUAAAUUAUUGCAGCUAAUUUGAAGGUUGCUUCAGUGGCCUAAAAAUUUAGUUGUGGAUCAUUGUAUGCAUUUUUCAUUCAAAAGGGUAAAACACAGGGUAUGAUGCUUUCCGUCAUCCAGUCAUCCAAUGGUUUGUUUUCUUUCUAAAAUUAAUUCAAGAGGCCUUAUGCUGCUGGAUAUGCUGGUCAAAAGGCUAGAUUAGCACAGAAGGGCCUAUAUCAUAAAGUUAACUUGAAUAAAGUCAAACUUUUGGUUGAAUUUUUUUACGUGCACAAAGAAGACAGAAUCAUAUUAGAACUUGUUUGCGGUCAGCUUUUACACCGAUUUCAUUCAUUCAACCUUACCAUAGCUGAAUUGUACCAACAGGGAAUUAAAUGCCAUUUUGGAUAAACCAAUAUUUUAUUAUCUUUUUUAAUACAUGAUGGUACAACCCAGCUUGUAUGUCAGUAAAUACACAAUAAUUACAUCUAGAGGCCAUUUUGUGUGGCUUGAUGAUAGUUUCCAGUGCUGGUACUUCAGGAAUGUCUCAUCAGUCAGCUCUGUGAAAAGAGACGUCAAUACACUUCUUUAUACUGGAGAUGUUUUACCUGUGCAUUUCCCUCCGAUAAACUGCAGUAAUAUUAUUAGCCAUCAGUUUGGUAAGCUUGUUGGCAAAGAUUUAAUGCAUACCUGCAUAAAUCCUUGUGUGGAUGUUGCCCACUGUGUGUGUGGGUGUUGUUUUAUUUAUAUAUAUAAAAUUAUCAUUGCUAUUUUUAUUCUUCUUUACUCAUUUAUCAUUCUAAUUUAAACAUAUUUCUAUUUUGAAGCAAUAAGCUUCAAGGGCAUAGUUUCAAUUGUUAUCUACUAAAAAUGACUGUUCUCAUGACGCUCCUACAGUUAAUCAUUAAUGGUAAAUUAUUUUCUGUUUGUGAAAUCAACGGGAUUUUCUCAGGAAUGAGUGCACCCAAGCAGGCGCCGCCACUUUUUCCCCUUACUCUACUGAAAACCCAUCAAACUUUGACCUCAAUACCGAGGUAUGUACUGAACCGUGACUUUUGUGAAACGUUCCACCCCAAAUGCAGUUAGUGCCAUUUGCAACAAACAAAAUGGAUCAGGGUUAGGGUUUAUUUUUUUUUUUCUUCUAGGAUAAAGCAAAUUCUGCCAGUACAUUCACUAAAGUCAACACAUGCAUACUAAUAAAGUUAAGUUAUUUAUUUAUUUUAUGGAUUCUAGUAUACAUUUACACAAGCUAAUACCUCCUGUAAUGACUUGGAUGAAUGACAGUUAUACUGUAAAUUUGUUUGUUGCCUUUGGUACUAAUUAGUCAAGUACUAGUUUGUCAUUUCUGUCAUAGGGCCUAAAGUCUCUUUCAUGCAACCACCUUAAACCCUACAGUCAGAACAAACACCAUGCCUUUUUAUUGAUGUUAAAUGGCCUUGUUUUCGCCAUGCUUUCUAAAGCUUGUAGUUUGGUUUUUCACUCCUGUAGACCCAAAGGGACCUCUGGCUGAUGAUGUUUGAAACCGUGUCCUCGAGUGGUCAAAUGUGGACUUUUUAAAACAUCAUGGACAUCAACUGGUAUUUGACAAGUGCUUUAUUCCAAAGUUCAAGUCACCUCUUGGGUAUAAACAGGUCAGGAAUUAUUUCAACAAUAACACAUCCAAGCACAAGUAUCCAUUGUAUUAAACUAUACUGAAAACCUAUACUCAGUAGGUCAUCUCUUCAUUGGGUUCAUACCAGAGCAGGAAAAUGUAUCAAUACUGAUAUUGUGGUAUGAGACUCCCAUUUGGAUUUUGUUCAUGUUAAUAUUUGUGGUGCAGCUUAAAUAUUGUCUUUUAAUCCAAAAGGAUGUAGUUCAGUUAUUUGAUUUGGCUCCUCCACAUGAAUUAAAAGCUACAUCAUACUCUUUCAAUCAUUAAAUUAAAUAUUUAACACAAAUGGUCAUAACUAAAAAUAUCAACUGUAAAAAUAAACAUUAACUAUAUUUUUUUCUCAAUUUUUCCCAGCUUUAGGCCCCAGUACAUCUUAAGGUACAGUCACAUUACACUACAAUGAAUAUUCACUUAGUCUCCCAUUCAUUUUCAAUUGAAUUUGACAAAUUCAAACAUCCAUUUCCUGUGUCCGUAUGAACUCCAUGGGUCAGAGUUCACUUUUGUUCAACUUUUACCUCACAGAUGUGCACGGUCGGCCAGUAGGAACACUGAUGAUGAACUGUACUUGGAAAUGGAGGAGUCACUAUUCUAGCCCUGUGGCGCCACCUUCUUUUGUGCAACACCAGACUAAAAACUGCUGCAUCUCCCUUAUAGACGGUUUACAGUUAGUGGUCGCUCUGAUCAACAUUUAUUUAUAAUCAUGGUUAGAAUUGUGACAUGUCCUUUUUUUGAGGCUGAGUGCAGGGCAAUUUUGUUAAAUGUGACUGUACCUUUUUAUAGGCCACAGGAAGUAGGAAGUCAGUACACUGCACAUGGGGAAUUAUAGGGCAUUUGAGUGAAUGGUCUGCAAAGUGUAAAGCCAAGAACAGACAGGUCUCCCUAAAAUGCAAAUCUUUUUAGUCCGCCUGAACGCAGUUGUGUCAGUUUUAAGUUAUAUAAGAACAUUUGUCAACUUUUAUUAUAAAUGCAUUAAAGGUUGAAAAUGCUUGAAUUAUGUCUGUCAAUCAAAUGUGAAUGGCUCUUGCAAACUACAAUGUUUUGAUAGACUGUUGCCCUCCUUUCCUCCAUUUAUAGCUUUGAUUUAUAAUAAAUAAGCAUUUAUUUAUUCAUAAAUGCUUUUCUCUUCUUUAAGAGUAACUUAGCACCAGGCUGAAAAGCACCGUUUUGCUGCCCUUUAUGGUUGAAGGUAGCCUGUUUCACCAUUAGUAGUAGAUGGAUGUGGUCAGAAACGUGUUGUGUUGCUCCUAUAAUCCCACCCAACCGUGAUGGCGUGGGGUCUUGGGAGUACACAUGUACAUCACUGCAAUCAGGUGAGAAGUUAAACCGCUGGAGGUCAGCAAAGAGGACAUUUUCAGCAGGUGUUAUGUCACUCUAUAAUGGUUUCUUAACUGAUUGAUUGAUUGUUUUCAUGCAUUAAGAUUCUUGGAAGGAAGUAUGAUGUCAUUCACAUUUUAACAGUUUAUCUAUUUCCCCUUCUGUAAAGCUUGGGGGAGUAUGACUUGAUUCAGUGUAACCAAGACAUAACAUUACUUCAUUGUGAUAAUAUACUGCUGUUUUCAAACUGAUUUAUGUCACACAUUUAUAUUUUGGUUAAAAAAAAAAGAUUGCUGUAAAUUAUAUUUUAAAUUUAGUUUUUUUAAUUACCAAUCCAAUGUUUUACCUCGGUACACAGAAGGUAAUAUUGUAAUUUAUAGAUUGGAAAUCAAAAAUGUAGCUUUGGUCUAAGAUAUAGUUAAAAUACUGUACAUUGGUUUGCAGAUUUAGCAGUGCUCCUCGAAUGAACUGAUGAAGGGAUUUUUCUUAGUUUUUAGUUUUUAAGUAUUUUAAAUAGGAUAUGCUCUGGGACAAAAUGCCAUUGUUGACAUAAUGAUGUCAACUUAAUUUUAGCAUUCAUUUUGUUGAUUAAAUGGGAAUUAUAUCUAAGAUAUGCAUGCUUUUAAUAAGAGUACUGAUAUAUAAAGUUAGAGCCAACAUGAUUCACUUCCAUCUGAUGAGAAACACUGACUUAUGAGUAGACGUUACCUUAAGACACUCAUCAGGAGUCAGAUAAGCAACAGAAUUUUAACCGUUGGAGAUGGGAGUGGCGAUGCUGAUCAUGGGUUGGGGUUUAUGGCUUGACAUCAUCCAUUUUCACAGGAUGUAUUAUGUAAAUGUGAGAGAACUGCUGUUUUUAUGCCACAAGGGGGAGCCUUCAUUUCAGAGAUCCAGUAGGGAACACCAAUAACAUACCUCUAUUUUCUACAGUAGCAUUUAAAAGGUUUUUGAUAUAAUAGAAAACUCAACUUAGAUACUGUUAUUAGAAAAUUUAAAUCAACCAAGUUUUAUUUUGUUUCAGGAUUUUAACUUAUUCAAAUAAUGUAAAAUAUGGUGUAAGAAUGCAAACAUGGAAAUCUUUUCUGUUUUAACUAUGGAUUACAGUCUGUAUUAUCAAUUCAGGUUAAGAAACUAGUGUUGCUUUCAUCCUAUUUUACAGGCAUUUCUUCCUUUUAUACUCUGCUAAAAUGCAAAAAAAUUAGGUUUGAUUCUAUUCAUUUAGUCUUUUUAUUGCACUUUGGCAGCAGAUUCCUGUGUAGCUUUAGAUCUGAGUUGUCCUAUUAGUAAGCCUAAUUUAUACUUUUGUAGCAACACUAUUUUUAUAUAAUGGCGAAGAAAGGGUUCAGUGUCUUUUUCUUUUGUUUUUCCUGUGUCAUAUGUGGCAGCACUGUUCAAUGUUUCUUAAAUACAUUACCCACUGUAGUAUGUGAUGUGUGAAUAAACUCCAAAUCUGUGUCAACAAGA